AUGGUAUCUACUCCAGCAUACACAGCACGGGCAAUCCUCGAUGCGUUUUACGAAGCAGAACGGGCAUACAUGUCUGCUGCCCCCGAAGCCCGAGAUUUUUCUGGCAUCGCCGCCACGCUCGCACCUGAUGUCCGUCUAGAGCAGACCUCCGCCCUCCCGUACGCCGGCGUCUACAUCGGACCUAAAGGAUUCCAGGACUGGAGCACUCGUAUGGGGGACUACUUUGAUAUUGUGGACGUCCAGAACCCUGAGAUCUUUGAGCGCUCUGGAUCUGACCGUGUUGUGGUGCUAUCGAAUGUUCACUUCAGGGUGCGAUCCACCGGACAAGUGAUGGAUUUUCCGUUCUGUCAGGCCUUUACUAUGGACCUAGAGAAGGGGGUCAUCCUGGAACUCAGGCCAUUCUACUGGGAUGUGGCUGCAGUCAAUACGGCGCUAGGGUGUUAG